AGAUAUAUCAUAUUGUUCAUUUCUCUCUCUUAGUCUGCCAUCCCGGUUGCGCGGCUUACUGCUCGGUGCCGUCUUGGAGAGAAAAGAGAGUGAGAGAGAGAGAGCGAGAGAGAGGAGGGGUGGACAGAGCGAAAGAGGGCGGAAUGCCCCUUUACAGGCGUCGCAUCUGACUAGAACAGCGGAGAAGCUCGUAAUUCGGAAAUUGGUCAGAGAGGAGGACACUGCUUUCUGCAACACCAAGGUUCUGUUGAAAAAAAUCUCCACGACUCUGACAGUGACAUCCAAUCCACGCUGAUGUGCUGGCAAGGCCAAGGAUCCCGAUGCAUUCCACCAAUUCCUGCUGGAGCUAGAUGACUAAGAGCUCAGCACAACAGGCUCCCAUUUCUGAUCUUGGAAACAUUAGGAAAAUAACAAGAUAAAGGUUAUGCAUGCACUGCAGGCAUAACUCCACGAUCCUCAGCCAAAUCUGUUUGCAAAGAAAAUUUCACACGUAGUGUCUCCACGCAGGCUUGCAACAUGGCCCAGAACCUGAAGAGUUGAGUUCAAUAAAGGGAAAGUGAGAGGGGCGGGUGCUGCUCACUCAUUCAUGGGCACAUCAGUCUGGCCUCUGCGAUCCAGCCUGCAGAGCCCCUCGUGUUCUUGCUUUAUCACAGCUGCCCCCUCAACUUCCUCUGCCUAAUCGCUCUCAGCUCGCACCUUGUAAAAGGUGGACAGCCCAAAACUCUGCUUACCCAAGCGCCGUCCGAUAGGUGAGGGCGGCGAGGGCUGCGCUGUCAUUGGCUGACUGCUGGUGAGAGUGCGAUGCGGAUUGGAGGAUGUCAGGGGACUGGGAUGAAGACCUGUGUAAGAAGGCGCUGGUGUUGGUGGAGGAGCUGUGCUUCAACACGAGGGGUUACAGCCAGAACGAACGCUGCCAGGAGUUCAUCUUCCUGAGGAGGGGCAACAGGCCGCUAGACACAGAGAUCUCUGUCAGUCUGCUGUCGGUCAUUGUGACAUUCUGCGGCAUCGUCCUCCUCUCCGUCUCCCUUUUCGUUUCCUGGAAGCUCUGCUGGCUACCAUGGCGGGACAAGGAGGGCGGAGGUCUGAGCCUGACAUCGGGGUUGCUUCCAGGAACCGCCGGUGUCGGAAACCUUGCAGCUGCCGGGGGCUCGUCACUCUUACCCCCGCUGCUGCAGAGGAAAGAGGGCCACUCCUCGUCCUCGCUCUAUCCCACCCUUGGCCAGCAGGGCCAGCACCACCCCCAUUUCUCUGACCUGGUGGGGCUGGAGAGGGGUGAGGUCGGAGGCGUGGUUGGAGGGCCACAUGAGACCCAGGAGCACUCCUACCUGGACAUGGACACCUACCCCAACAAUGCUGGAACUCUGAAGCUGAGUCAGACGUCUCCAGACGUUCCCAACUCAGAGGGUGGAGCCCAUAAAGACCUGCCGAACGCUCACUCCCAACAGCAGGUCACCCCUCGGCCCAAGCCCAUGACUCACCAGCUCUCCAGUCCCGAUUUCCACGGAGAGGAGAAGGAGCAGGUAACCAGCAUUGGGCAGAUUAAACCGGAGCUCUACAGACCCAAAGGCGACCAGGGUGAAGGAAAACAGGGCGACACCUGCGGCAAGAUCAGCUUCCUCCUGCGCUACGCCUUCAAUACGGAGCAGUUGGUGGUGAAGAUACUGAAAGCUUUGGACCUGCCAGCGAAGGAUGCCAAUGGCUUCUCUGAUCCGUACGUGAAGAUAUACCUACUGCCAGACAGGAAGAAGAAAUUCCAGACAAAGGUCCACAGAAAGACCUUAAACCCAGUGUUCAAUGAGACAUUUCAGUUUGGCGUGCCGCUGAAUGAGCUACAUUCCAGGAAACUGCAUUUCUCUGUGUACGACUUUGACCGCUUCUCCAGACACGACCUGAUAGGCCAGGUAGUGGUGGACAACCUGCUGGACUUCAGCGAGGGCAGCGGGGACAAACCCAUCUGGAGGGACAUUGUGGAGGGCACUGCGGAGAAGGCCGAUCUCGGGGAACUUAAUUUCUCGCUGUGUUACCUGCCCACUGCAGGCAGGCUCACCGCUACAAUCAUCAAGGCCACCAACCUCAAAGCCAUGGACCUGACUGGUUUCUCAGAUCCGUACGUGAAGGCCUCUCUGGUAUGUGACGGGCGGAGGCUAAAAAAGAGGAAGACCUCCAUCAAGAAGAACACGCUGAAUCCCACGUACAACGAGGCGCUGGUGUUUGACAUUCCCAAUGAAAAUAUAGAAAAUGUAUCCAUCAUCAUCGCAGUGAUGGACUAUGACUGCAUCGGUCAUAACGAGGUUAUAGGGAUGUGUCGUGUAGGCAGCGAAGCUGAAGGUCCGGGGAGGGAGCACUGGGCUGCCAUGCUGGCCAAUCCUCGCAAACCAAUAGAGCACUGGCAUCAGCUUGUGGAGGAAAAAGCAAUCGGUACAUUUGUGUCAAAGAGUUCCACCGCAUCCUCCCCAAAGCCACACAUCGUGGUGGACAGUCCCCACUCCGAUUAGAACUGUCAUUAUCAUCUCUACAGCUCCAGACUUUGCUUUCUUUCUUCUCAUCUGUGAAUAAUUCUCUCCAUCAAAGAAAGAGAGACGUGGAGACACUGCUAGUGUCCAACUGCUAGUGCUGUUCUGCUCCUGCUAAUGAAUCCUUCAACUCCUGUGCUGUCUUUACUGAGCUGGAGGGGGGAAAAAUCAGCUCCAUCCAUCACAAGCUACACUUUUGAGCAUCAGACUACACAUUUACAAACACAUGUGGACACUUAACGGUACAGUGGACUGAAAUCAGGUGUACAUUUUGGGAUCUAGCGAGGAAACACCCACACACACACACACACACACACACACACACACACACACACACACACACACACACACACACAAAUACACAAAUACAGAGUUUGUAGUAUGUGAGUAGUCCAUGUGUGCUUCAGAUUAGUGUAGUAUUUCAUCUAGAAGGAGUGUGACGUGACAAACUUUUUCUCUCUUGAAAACUAAAAAAAGUCUAAAGGAAGCCAUCAUAGAAUGGUCAUUUCAAACAGGACCAAAGGUUCAUGCCCUUGUACAGACUACAAAAGAAGAAAAUCCUUAUGUCAAUAUUUUUCUUUUAGUGUACAGUAUAUGCCGUACUGUAUAGGAAUACAUCUCAUGUAGUACUAGCAGGACGAAGUAUCCACCGUGGAUACUCUCGGCCAUUUUGGACGCCUUCUCCAGGGUUCCUACCCUCUGGUUUCAGAGUUAACUCGCUUAUUUUCCCCAGAGGAAAGACGACGAGGCAUCCAGUGGUCUUUAUUGAUGUCAGAAGAGCGAAAAAUGAGGACAGACUCAUUGGUCUAAGCAUGUUACAUAGCCUUGAAAUGUGUCCCUCUUCCUCAUGCUUUUUGUCACAGUCCUCAUGGUGCUCGAUAGUAUUUUUUAAAUUAUUUUGCUCUGUCAUUUGUGUGAAGCAGUAUACAUGCAACCAUGCGGAAAUGAGUUUAUUCAUGCCAUUUUUUUUUACGGUCCACUGACGAUGAGAUGAUGCGAGACACGAACUAUUUGAUCGACACUGGCUUUCAGGCCAAAUCGCCAGACUUUUACUAAUGUAGGACAAAACGGGUUCAACGAAUCCUGGCUUUAGGAUUGGACCAGCAUCUGUUUGGAGUGCACUAGCUGGAGGAUGUAUCCCACACUGAAGGAUAUCACCACUCUAAUUUAUUUUUCAAUCAUUCCAGGACAAUGUGUUUUUUGUUGUUUUUUUUCCUCAAGCUUCAAUUGACAAAAUUAUUAGUCCAUAUCAUGUCACCGACAAGACUUUAGGAGGACACACACGUCCGUGUUGCUUUUAUUAGUGUGUGUUUCUGUGUUUGUGGGCGUGUUUGUUUUGUAUCGUGCGCGUCUGUGCGUGUGUGUAUGCCUGUGUGUCACUGUGACCUUGUGUGUGACACGUUUUUGUGCUCACCUCCUCCUUUUCCUCCUCCUCCUCUCCCGUGUCCUUUUCCUGUCUUGCCUCCCUCGCUCCUCGAAUCCCGGCAUCCACAGACUGUGAAAAGCGCGUCUUGGAGCCAACUUUGUGUUGUGUCUUUACAAGGAGCUAUUUUCUGUGUGUGUAUGUGUGUGUGUGUGUGUGUGAGUGAGUGAAUGUGUAUGUACUAUACGUGCCUCAUUGCACUAGGUGGGGAAACACUGUCUUUCAUAGACAUUAGUUUGUAUUGUCUAUGUCGUCUCUGAAAUCAGCUGCCAAUCAUUCAGCCCUUCUCUCCUCUCUCACCCUUUGCCUGAUGUAAGUAACUGUGUUGAUUGUGUACUUCUUUCAGUAGUUUGUGUACUGUAUGUCCGAGGGAAAAUCAGGACGGCGUUGGGAUUGAUCAUUUUAAUUGUUGGGUGUGUUUUGAUUACAUUCAUGAGAAGGAAGACAACAAAAAAUAAAAGGUUUAAGGAAAAAAAAACAGAUCAAGAUAAAUUUAGAUCCCCAUAAAGGCGAGACAUCAGGGAGGAGGUGUUGUGAGAAACGAGCGCUUGAAAUAUCUGCACUAUUUGUGUAAACCGAUACAGACUUUUCAAAGCCAUGUCUGUCACCACACUGUAACCUCAGCAAAACAGUACAACACCUCACUGCAGCUACUUGUAUUGUUGCCAUUUCAGUCUCAUCCUCACGUGCACAAACACACACGCGUGUGUAUUUUGUGCGUGCAGUUUGGGGAUUGGGGGGGGGGGUCUAGUUUUCCUUUGGAUCAAUGAAGGUAGCAGGAGGUUAUAAUUACAUCUGAAAGUAUUUUGUGUUGUUUGUCAGAUGGGGGGUUAUUGAUCAGCUUGUAUAAGUAGAUAUGGUAUUGAUCCAUCGGUCUAGAGGCCCCAUAAACUCUCCUCCUUUCCCAGCCUCUCUCCUUCUCUCUCUGCUUGUGUCUACCCUAUUUAGCCCUAGUGUUACUGCCUUGUGAUAGAUUGCAAAACUCAUACUGGAGCCAGCACAUUCCCUUAUUCUCCUCCUCCCUCUGUCCGCCUACCCCCCCACCCCAUCUAAACCCCUCCCUUUCUGUUUCUGUCUGUCUGAUUACUCAUUUUCUCCUCCAGCAAUCCUUACCUUUCCUCCUGCAACUCUCCAUCACCUAACCAUUUUUCCUGCUCUACUUUUUCCUCCCCAGUUCCUUCAGCUUUCUCACCCCCCCCCCCCCCCCCAUCUUGCCCUCUUUCUUUCUCUCUGUGUAUGACAACCCCACCCCACCCUUUCCGUCCUCCUCCCUAUUCUCCCCCUCGCUGUCUUCUCUCGUUUGUGCAGUUCCGAAUGGUCAUGGGGAAACAUGUUUGCAUGCUUAUAUUAACAUGAAUGAUGUCAACUUGAUGCAAUGAAAAUUAUAUAAGUGAUGCUUUAAGCAAAAUCUGACAAAGAACUUGAUACUAAUACUACUAAUGACGACUAAAAGGAGAUCUAGCAGAUGUUUAUCUCUGUGGUCAAAAACGACACUGAAGAAAAAGGAUUGUUUAUGCUGUAUUUAUCUUUCUCGAAUUGGUAUUCCUUUUGAUUUUCAUUUGUUCUUUUUAUAUAUAAUUUAUUCAAGAGGUUUACUUUUUUAUUGGUUAAUGCUGAGUAUUUUGAUUGAGAGGUUAAGCCAGGGCGAUCGUUUCAGUCGAGACAGCUGUACCAGGUCGCAGGAUGUCUGUGAAUGUGUAAGUAACAGUGUGGCUGAAGUAAUGAUCAUGGAAAUAAA